AUGUCUGAAUCAUUAGUGACAACAAUUUCACCGAAUGUUGCCGAUACGCACGCGGAUAGUCUUCGUCCGACAUUCUCAUCGAUGCGAUCACUGAAUUCGAUAAGUGAUGAUGACAUCAAGAUCGUUCAACUACACCAACGAUCGUUUUUUGCUGAAGAGCCGUAUAAUAAGGAGAAUCAUUGCAAACUGGGUGAUCUCGAAAGUGAUCGGAAGGACGUUGACGGUGACAGCAGGAAAGGCGACACUUCUGAUUUCUAUGCAGACCACGAUUUCGGUGCAGUAAUGAGUUGUGGUCGAACCGAGACGACGGAACCAACGUUAACUUCCGAGGACAAUCAUACAUUGGUAGAUGACUGCUCAUUGAAUGAACAAAUUCCUCAAUUAGAAGUCCCGCAGAUUUCGGUAGACGGUCUAGAAUUGCCUCGGGCAUCUGAGAUUGCCUCUUCAUCAAUGGACGAUGAAUCCUGUGAAUCAACAACACAUCUUUUGGAUGAAUCGAUGAUUCCGCUUGUGGGAACUCCACAUCCAAUGACUCACAUCCCAGUGGAAGGGUUUUUCACAUUCGUUGAACGACUCCCAAAUCAGGAGCUUCCAGCUAUUUCUGAGGAGAAUGAAGAACAAAGUCUUCGACGUCAACGCAAACAUACGUGUUCAUCUGUGAGAAGUCACGCCCGAAAUUGUGCAACGGAGGUGCGGCAAGAGCCAGAUGAUAUUGCGCUGGGAUCUGCUUCUCGUGCUAAUCCAGAAUUGAUACCAGAGCUGAAUUAUUCAUCUUAUGCAGAGGUUCUUCCUGGUCCCGUUCACAGGCGAGCUACAAGUGAUAACUUGGUAGUGGAGGCUGUUCGACGCAACGAGCUGCGCCGAGCACAGGAAGUAGAAGAGAUUGACCUUAUUGGCAAAGACGAGAACGUCCUUGUGCGAUCACAAAGGUCUGUGGUUAGAACAGGUUCCAUCAUUUCAAACAGAUGUCAAAGUCAGGUCUUCCUUCCCGAACUCGGGCUUAACGAUGCUUCAAAUUCUGUUCCCGUGUUGGAUAGAAACCUAAGCAACUCUGACCCAUCGAUUAACGAUGAAAAGCCUACUAAAGCACUGGAUGGCCCACCUCCCGUUAUUCUGUCCCGAAAAGCUUCCUCUAAUCAUCAUGAUCCGUGGAAGAAGGAAUUUUCCUGUCCAACUUCUACUCAACCUGCUGCGGUACAGAUGCGCAACGAUGCGAUCGAGAUUACUAAUCGACUGCCAUCUGUCACUCGAACUGAGAACGAUGAUGUGAGGACUUCACCACCGUCAUCCAGCGUCGCGUCAUUCUCACGUGGCAUGAGUCUCAUGCGUCGCAGCUUACGGCGAUUGGCAGGGGAUUCGUGGCACGGAAGUAGUCAUUCGCCUGAUUUUCCUACAAUGUUUCUUUCACUAGACGCUGCUACCAAUUCUGAGAUUGAGCAUGUCCAGUCGUCAGCAGAAUGUAGAUGCAUUGCGUCCGACACCACCAAUGACACCAACAUACGACGUGUGGCGACGGUACCAUGUCGCCAGCGAACAACGACACACCUUAAACCCAGGACAGGAGACAGAAUCGAGAAGAAAAAGGCGAAGACUGGAUCUGAUACAUUCUCGUUCGGAAGUCUUUUUGGAACAAACAAGGGUGGAAGAUCGAAGAAGGCAAAGCAGUUCAUUUUGGUGUACAACUAUGAAAACAUGUUGACAAUAUCCUAUCAUUUCGGAAAUUUUAUUUUCUAUGAGGUGCAAUUUCACGAACGUGACGAGUCGAUGCAGCGUCAGGCCGUCAGUGUAGACAUAGCAUCACUGUCGUCUUCACGAACAGCCAUGUCGACUUCAACAGCUUCGCCGUCGUCACGUUUUGAACUGAAUACAGGCGACAAGUGCUAUCAACGAAACGUCUCUCUUCCGUCCUUGGCGGCCACCGUUGAAUUUAAUCAAUUUCAUCGUCGUGCGGGUUUUUCUGAGAAGUCGUGGUUGCUGCGGCAUUUCACCAACUUGCUGGGAUGGUCACACUUAGAAGGCGGAGUUAGUGAUGUGACGAAGAGUAAUGGAACAUACUGUGAGACACAUUCUGAUGGAAGCUCUACGAAAUCCCGCUUAACGUUGUACGAGCCCUCCAGCUACUGGAUGAUGGACGAUGAGUGUACUGUCGACGCGUCGAUUGUCUACAGGCAACAGCUUCGUUCCAUUCUCCGGGAAAAGCCAUCUUUGUCUGAUAUUUUCGAGACAGACAUCAACUUUCUCACGAGAUCUCUAUCAGAAGGUGAUCUGCGUCGUGUAGAUGAAGAAAACAAUGUCAAUGAGUCUAGAGACGUUUUUGGCCGAUAUGGCCUUUUGUCAUCGGAUUUCGGAGAAACACUCUGCAUUCCUGAAGGAACAGUUGUUGGAGACGAAGUAUGCUACAUCACUGGUGCAUUUUUGGAAAGUCUUGAACGUCCGAAUUCGGAAUCGGUUUCACUUACGGAGACAGAAACUCAUGAGUCAUCACCAACCACCGUACGCUUGAAAAGAAUUGAGGAACAUGGACGACAUAUGUCUUUGAAUGAUGACUUAAACGAAGAGCUCGAAGAUAAAGAUGUGGAACAAAUGGAUCAAAUGAGUACGGUUCUGCCACGGAAACGCAGCAGGGGCGUUUCUGCAAUCAUAUUUGAGAGGUUGACUAAACGAAAAUCAAAACAAGGUGUUCCAGACCUGAAACUGAAGCGCGAUUCAUUCAAAGGACUCCCAGAACACCUUUCUAGUGCGCUCUUACUUUCCAAUGAAAUAAAUGACGUUGAUUCAGUGAAUUUCGAUUUGUCGGAAUCACCAAAAUAUAAUUUGAACCAACCUCUAUGGGCUCGUUUCGAUUUAUUUUCGAAAGACGAGUACACUUCUUGGCAUGACAAAUAUCGUCAUGACAAAAUGAAUACAAAGGGCUACCGAAAUCGGCUCAUCCAAGAAAACAUUCUACCCGAGGCAGAUGUUGAUCGAUUGAUACCGGAUGUAUUGGAUGCGUUGUUGGUCUUCCAUUUGAACUUAUUAGAUCGCCUAACAGCUCGACAACGAGAAUCUGACGAAGUUGAGACGAUAUCGGAUAUCUUGACAGAGGAGUUGUCUGAUGACGGUAAACACAUCGGUAUCGCAGUGAAUGCCUAUACAACAUUUGGCUCGGCGAAAGAGCGCUCAGAAAAGAUGUUUGAAUCGUUGAUGACUAAGAAUGGACGGUUUGCUGAAUUUAUUCGGGCAUCGGCACAAGAUCCGAUGUAUCGUCGAUUUGAAUUCAAAUCGAUAAUGACAAGAAUCAUUAGUCGGCCAGCAAAGUAUGGACUAUUGGUGGAGACGAUCCUUAAGAACGAGUGCAACAAAUUCACUAAGGAGUGGGAACUUACUCAGAAAGCACUCUUUGCGGCGAAGCGUUUUGCUAUGAAGAUCGACAACAACUUGCUAAUGAUGCAAAUGGCUCAACGAUGGGAUGACGUACGAUCUCAUUUCGAUCUUUCAAGUCAUACCAACUUGUACAUUAUUGACAAGGAGAAGCCAUCCGGUGUUGUGCGAAUCACAUUUACCAUGGAAGAUCUCGACAUCGAUGUGAAGCAUCCAGGAUCUGGACAGAGGCGAUUAAUGUGUCUCGGAGAUGUUUGUAUGAAAAAUUCACGUACAAAAACCGCUGAAAAAGUAUUUAUGGUGUUAUUUGAUGAUAUCCUUGUGUGCCUACAACGUCGCAAUAACCACCAGAAAUACGUGUUUAUUCAACAGGACCAAUCGGUAUUUCCUGUCAGUGGCCUCAUUUUGCGACCGGCUGAUCGAAGCGCUUCAGUAAUGAUCAUCUCGGGUGCGAUCACCAAGCCGGCUCUGUUAGAAGUGGAGUUCAACUCUAAGACAGAUCGGACAAAAUGGAUCAAAACACUCGAGUCGGCCAUUCAUAACGCUCCGGCGAAAGUUCGUUUAUCACCACGAAAUGAAGACGAAGCCGCGCGUCAACUUGAAUUGGAACGCCAAUUGCAGCUGAAGCAACAAAAAGAGGCUGAAGAUGAAUGGUUGCGGAAAUUAGAUGAAAUGUUUGAGCAACGGAACUCGCAGGAGCGAUUUAUUCAAGACUACAUGAUCUCGCUGAUGAAGUUUUUCGACGACCUUAGAGCCCAUUUGCAUACGUUGCCGUUGAAAUCUCGUCCCGAUGUUGCGGAUCGUAUUCGAGAAGCCGUACGCCAACACUGUCGUGAAUUACGCGUCUGCCGUACUGCACCACUGAGUCGACUGAUUGAAAAUGCUUGUGUGGCUCGUGAAUCGGAACUAUGGAGCUUUAUCGAUGUGGCUGCGGAAAUGACACUUGAUGGGGAUUCCGAUGGUGGCGGUUCGAGUAGUGAUAGUAGUGCAAGUGGAAAGGGACAACGUCCGAGGAGAAUUCACACAUUUCACGGAACGACAGAACAGUCUGCCGAAAACAGCGCGACAACGUUGAACAAGGAAAGAUCAACAAUUCGACGUCACACGACGGUGCCACGAAUGAGCAUUUGUCAAGACGGUGUUAGUGACAGAAUCGAUGAAGACGAAGAGCGAUGGGAGUUCAACGAAAGCCGUCGUGAACAACUUGAGGUUGAGGAGAAGACGCACCAACUGCCGGUGUUGAGGUUAUUCAUCGUCCUAUCAUUUCAGCUUGGUCUCAACUUGAAGGCUCGCCGUGCAAUGUCCCAUCUCAUUCGUGAUGUCGUGAAACUGAAAUCAGAAAAUAAUCAUCUGCGGAGUGAGAUAUCGCUCAAUAAGACACGACUUGCGAUGAAGGAGCGAACGCAGAAUGCGAUGAUAUCCCCAUCGUUAGCCUCCGAUACCAUGGAAGCAUUGCGUCGGAAGGAGCAGGAAGUGCGUGAAGAGAACGCUCGACGUCGACAAGAGCUGGAGCAAUGGGCGGAGGAGCUGCGUGUUCAGCAGGAACAGCAACGACAGCAAGAGCAGCAAAUGUUGUUGCAGCGUGAGCAGCUACGUCAGAACGAGGCAGAAUUAGCGAAUAAAUGGGCAGCAUUACAUGCGGCGACUGUGGCGGGUUGCACAACCCCUGAGACAACACCUCGAAUCGCCGGCCGAAUAUCGAUGAAAAGUCCAAGUUCUCUGAGCAAAGCCACAUCCUUUCGAGAUCCAAAGUAA